UGAAGCUCCAUGCAGUUCCAGCAUGUUUCCGAGUCUUCGUUCCUGUCACUGCACAUGAUUUGUCAUUAACUGUAAGUGAUCUCGUGUGUUGACAUGCAGUAAGACAGCAGCAGUCAUGAACCCCAGUCCCACCCCGGGCUCUCCUGCACCCCCGACUCUCACCGGCAGCCUGCAGAGACUCUUCAGUCAUGUGAAAGUUGAGAAUUUAGUGGCUGGACUCAGUGGAGGGGUUGUGUCCACACUGGUGCUGCAUCCCCUGGAUCUGGUCAAAAUCAGGUUCGCAGUGAGCGAUGGGCUAGAAUUGAGACCUAAAUACAGUGGGAUUCUACACUGCAUGAGGAGCAUCUGGCACCAGGAGGGUCUGCGAGGACUUUACCAAGGCGUUACUCCCAAUAUCUGGGGUGCUGGAGCCUCAUGGGGGCUUUAUUUUUUCUUCUACAAUGCAAUAAAAGCAUACCGUAAAGAGGGCAGACAGACGGAGCUGAGCGCUAGAGAACACCUGGUGUCGGCCGCUACAGCAGGGGCCUUGACGCUUUGUCUGACCAACCCGAUCUGGGUGACCAAAACUCGCCUGGUCCUGCAAUAUAACACAGAUCAGAAGCAAUACAAAGGAAUGAUGGACGCUCUGGUGAAAAUCUACACCCACGAAGGCAUCGCUGGACUCUAUCGGGGCUUCGUCCCGGGUUUGUUUGGAACCUCCCAUGGUGCACUGCAGUUCAUGGCAUAUGAAGAACUGAAGAGAGAUUACAACAAAUACAGAAAGAUGCAAUCAGAUGCUAAACUGAACCCAUUAGAAUAUAUUACCAUGGCGGCUUUGUCUAAAAUAUUUGCCGUGGCUACGACGUACCCCUAUCAGGUCAUCCGGGCCCGUCUGCAAGAUCAGCACAAUAAAUAUGACGGCGCAUUAGAUGUUAUUGGGAGAACAUGGAGAAACGAGGGCCUCUCAGGGUUCUAUAAAGGGAUGGUUCCCAACCUGAUCCGAGUCACACCAGCCUGCUGCAUAACCUUUGUGGUCUAUGAGAACGUUUCCCGCUUCCUUUUGGAUCAGUGAGAACAGACGCGACUGCACCGAGGGACCGGAGCUGGGACGGAUCGUCCUGUUGGAGACUGCGUCGACAGAAAGAAGUUCAAUCGAGCAUGUCCUCUCCUGGAACAGUAGGGACGCCAGAGUGUCUAAUCGAACAGAAGUCACUAAUCCUGAAACUGGUUCUUUAAAAGUAAACCAUCACUAUAAGUUAAUACUGACGUCACAAUGGAUGUAAUGUGACUUUAUACAUUUAUAUGUGGCUGUAAGUUACUCUGAAAAAGGGGGAUUUGUUUUAUUUAAUUAAAAAAGUAAAAAAACGAUGUAUGUUUUAAUAUUUUAUUUGAUACAGCUGGCUGGGCAAUACAUUGAGUGUCCCUGAUGUACAAACCCGAUUCCAAAAAAGUUGGGACACUGUACAAAUUGUGAAUAAAAACAGAAUGCAAUGAUGUGGAAGUUUCAAAUUUCAAUAUUUUAUUCAGAAUACAACAUAGAUGACAUAUCAAAUGUUUAAAUUGAGAGAAUGUAUCAUUUUAAGGGAAAAAUAAGUUGAUUUUAAAUUUCAUGGCAUCAACACAUCUCAAAAAAGUUGGGACAAGGUCAUGUUUACCACUGUGUGGCAUCCCCUCUUCUUUUUAUAACAGUCUGCAAACGUCUGGGGACUGAGGAGACAAGUUGCUCAAGUUUAGGAAUAGGAAUGUUGUCCCAUUCUUGUCUAAUACAGGCUUCUAGUUGCUCGACUGUCUUAGGUCUUCUUUGUCUCAUCUUCCUCUUUAUGAUGCGCCAAAUGUUUUCUAUGGGUGAAAGAUCUGGACUGCAGGCUGGCCAUUUCAGUACCCGGAUCCUUCUUCUACGCAGCCGUGAUGUUGUAAUUGAUGCAGUAUGUGGUCUGGCAUUGUCAUGUUGGAAAAUGCAAGGUCUUCCCUGAAAGAGACGACGUCUGGAUGGGAGCAUAUGUUGUUCUAGAACUUGGAUAUACCUUUCAGCAUUGAUGGUGCCUUUCCAGAUGUGUAAGCUGCCCAUGCCACACGCACUCAUGCAACCCCAUACCAUCAGAGAUGCAGGCUUCUGAACUGAGCGCUGAUAACAACUUGGGUUGUCCUUGUCCUCUUUAGUCCGGAUGACAUGGCGUCCCAGUUUUCCAAAAAGAACUUCAAAUUUUGAUUCGUAUGACCACAGAACAGUUUUCCACUUUGCCACAGUCCAUCUUAAAUGAGCCUUGGCCCAGAGAAAACGCCUGCGCUUCUGGAUCAUGUUUAGAUAUGGCUUCUUUUUUGACCUAUAGAGUUUUAGCCGGCAACGGCGAAUGGCACGGUGGAUUGUGUUCACCGACAAUGUUUUCUGGAAGUAUUCCUGAGCCCAUGUUGUGAUUUCCAUUACAGUAGCAUUCCUGUAU